AUGUCAUUGUUAGCACCCUCAAUGCUAGCAUCACCAUUCCAACUCCUAGAAAUCAACAUUAUUUCAGCACAAGACCUCCCACUCGUGUCAAAAUCAAUCAAAGCAUAUGCAGUUGCAUGGCUCAAUCCAGAACGUAAAUUAACCACACAAGCUGAUCCUCAUGGUCAUAACAACCCUACAUGGAACGAAAAAUUCGUUUUUCGCGUCGAAGAUGAUUUUCUUCAAUGCGAAGAUUCUGUCAUUAUGGUCGAACUCUACGCCUCGGCUUGGCUCCGUGAUGUUCUCAUCGGAACCGUAGCUAUUCAUGUCAACAAUAUUUUACCUCGUUCGGGUAAUCGUAAAUCGAAGAUCCGUUUCGUUGCAUUGCAGGUUCGUCGUCCUUCUGGUCGUCCUCAAGGGAUUCUUAACAUCGGGGUUAAUCUUGUUGACGCUACGAUGAGAAGCAUGCCGAUGUAUUCGGAGCUUAGUGCUUCGGACAUUGAGUAUGAUGAUAUAAGGAACCCUAAAAAGCAUACUCAAACCGAAAAAGGUAAUUAUGAUUCGAAUAUGAUGACCCUUCAGCGAUCACAAAGUGAAAAAAAUGAUUCGACGAUUAAUGAUUAUACUUAUAAUCCUGAUGGAAAAAAUGGUUAUUAUGAUGAAUCUGAAUCUGAAAUUGGUGUUCCGACCGGUAAGAAAGGUGUGAUCGUGAACGCGAAUGGAUCACUUUGUUCGGAUGUUGGACCUUCACCAUCUGUGGUGGCAGCUGCAAUAGCAAAAGGAUUGUAUCCUUUGCCAAUGCAGAUGACACGAAGGACGGUGAAUCAAAGUCCAAUGUUCGAGAAAUGGCCACCGGAGAAGCAGCAUGGAGGGGAGAUGUUGAACACGAGGAUGGAUAAUAGGUGGAGAGCGAUAGAGUUGCCCGGUGCGUAUGAUAAUAAUAAUAAUAAUAAUGGUGAGAAGGAUGUGGUGAAACAAACGGGGAAAGGUAAGAAUGGAAGAAAAGGUGAUGGUUUGUUUUCGUGCUUCGGAACGGUUUUAGGGUGUGAAAUUUCGAUAACUUGUGGCGGGGGUAACCGUAAGAAGAGGCAUGAGGGUAAAAAGUCUCGUGGUGCAACUGUAUCUGAACUUACUUAUGAAUCCUCUUAUGUUUGA